AUGGCCACUGCGAUGAAAGUCAUCAUCGCUGGGGGCGGUAUUGCUGGUCUGACCCUCGCGAAUGCCCUCGAGUCAGCGGACAUCGACUAUGUGCUUCUCGAGCGAAGAAACGAGAUUGCACCUCAAGUCGGUGCUUCCAUCGGCAUCCUCUCCAACGGAUGUAGGAUCCUGGACCAGCUUGGCUGCAGAGAGUCUCUUUACGCUUGUGUGAACGGUCAACUCCUUGCCAAAGCUUCGAGUGUCUCGCAACUCAUGAAGGCUAGUGGCUACCCUUUCGCUUUCAGCGACCGACAAAACAUUCUCCAAGUCCUUUACGACAACAUCAAGGACAAAAGCAAGGUCCUACUUUGCAAGAAUCUCACCACGGUUCGCCAACAUUCAAGUGGCGUCACUGUCAUCUGUGAUGAUGGCACUUCUUACAUGGGUGAUAUACUGGCUGGCGCAGAUGGGGUCAACUCGAAGGCCAGAAGCGAGAUGUGGCGGCUAGCAGAUGAAGUCGACCCAGAGCUUGUCAAGAACGACAAGAAAUGCUACAAUGAAAAACGUAGCAUCAUGGCCAUCGUUGGCAAGAAUGACCGAACCUACUACUUUGUCUUUGAGAAGAUGGACAAGACCUACAAGCAUCCAAACAUUCCAAAGUACACCGAAGCCGACAAGAUCGAGUAUGCCGAGCGUCAUGGCGAUAUGAAGGUUACAGACAAAGUUGUGCUACGUGAUCUCCACAAGAACAGUGUUUCCAGCACUCUCGUCGGCUUUGGCGGCAACGCGGCAAUCGAGAGUGCUGCUGCGCUUGCAAACUCGAUCAAGCAGCUGUCAGACAGAUCCAAUGGACAACGUCCGACCCAGGAACAUAUCGUCGCUUGCCUUGAAGACUACCAGAAAAGUCGUGAAGUCAGAGCUGCAGCUGCUAUCGAAGCAUCAAACUUUCUCACUAACGUCCAAGCUCUCGCAACGUGGGGUCACGCUCUCUUUGCUAGGUACGGCUUGAACGUGUUGGGAGACUUUUUGGAGAACCUCACCAGUGAUAUGUCCGUGGGAGCGACCAAGAUUGACUAUUUGCCCCCACCCGAGGCUUCUCUGUCGGGUCAUAUGCCGUUCAACCCCAAACAAGGCCAAGGCAACAAGGAGAAUCUUUUGGUUAGGGCUUUGCUUGCUUUACCUUUCCUUGUUAUCUUCGCAUAUGCUUACCGUAUCGUCAACUCUACUCUCAUCGCUGGUGCUGGAGAUGUCUCAAACCCUGCCGGACAUUAUACUGCGCUCAGCUCUUCGUCGUUGACGGAGAGCAUCUUGAGCUUUGGUAGACAAAGCAACAGCUCUGCCACUCUGAACGACGUCUACAUGUCAGCGUCUGCCAAUCUCGACCCUGCUGCAGGCAUUCGCACAGCCAGCUAUCUCGUCUACUUUGGUGUGGUCCUCACUAUCUGGUCUUUAGAGGCAAUUCGCUGUUGCAAUGCUUUGAUGCCUGUUCAGCUGUAA